AUUCUGCUUACUGCAUUGCUUGUGGCAACUAUAUUUGGCGGCAUUCAUUGACAAUUGUAUAGCUUGGUUUUUUGCCUUCUCCACAUACCAGGAACAGGUACUAUGGCGCACAAGUGCCGUUGCUAUAAGUCGCAUACCCUGGCUUACUCUCACCACUACAUGUUUCUUGGUCUGCCUGCUCUUCAUGUGCGAACCACUUACGUUCUGCCUCAUAGUCUACGAAUUACUAUGUCUCAUAUUGUACAUCGAUGCAUCACAGCUCGUGCCUUCCUCUUGGUAAUCAUGUUCACCACUUUACGCGAUCUUCCUCCUGACGCAUACAAAGCGGUGUCAUGGACUAAUUGGGCACCGCACUUAUAAUUCUUGAACAUGUUACUUGAGAAGUCAGAUGCUGUUUGGCUAUUCAAAGUAUGGUGGCCUCUCGCUGUAUUCUUCCUGGCUUUUGCUUCCUUUCUCCUCGUCGCCCCCUUCUUGAAACCAACCAAUGGCGUCGGCCACACCCUACCACUACUAUAUGACCUGCACGCUUCAAGUUCCACCAACACUUAUCCAUGCAUCCCUUAUUCUCAUUCUUUGCUUCUUCUACAAGUACUGCCUCGUCGAAAUCACCAUCUUGUUCACAGGCAUGCUCGUAAGAUGGAAGAGGCUCGUACUCAGCUUAAUGCGCUCUUUUCCAAGCAAGGCCGUGUCACCCGCUUCUGGACAAAGGCAGAGUACGAUGUAUAGCAUACCUCAAGCGAACGCGUUUGAAAGACACAUUACAGUAUUCACCUAGCGGGUUCCCAGAAGCACAGGAGUCGGUUGAUUCAGAACUGAGCGGUCGAUUGGCUGGUCGCUUUGAGUAGCCUUACUGGAGUUGUGCUCCCACAGACCCCAUCAGUGGGCGCGCUGUGAGUUUUGGCUGGCGCGCACUCCUGCGGGCGCACAGCUCAAUGCAGCCCCAUGCUUCCUGC